UAAUGAGAAAAUGUUCAGAAAUAAAUACUUAUGAUAAUUAAUUUGAAUGGACAGAAAAAUAAUCAUAAUAAUAAUCAGAUAAAAUUGGUGAAAACAAAUAACAAAGUUCUUUUUUAGUUGUACCAAAUGGAUUAGGAGAUUAAUAGUAAAGACAACAUUCAAAGAAAUAAUCAUAUAUGGGUAUUAAUGAAUGAUUUUUAGGUUCUUAAUCUUCUAAUGCGGUUAAAUAUGUGCCUUCUUUUUAGGAAGCUAUAUCAUUUUAAGCUAAACCUGGUCCUUAAAAGAUUAUUGCUAGUCAACCUCAUAUUGAAGUGUUGAAGUAGAUUGAAACUAUUGAUUUUGAUGAUAUUGAAGAAAAUAUGGAAAACUAACAGACUUUAGAAGAGAAGUAUUUGAAGUUGGAAGAUUUGGAUGCAAAAUUUAAGGAUGGAAAUAAUAAAUCUUAUUCAGCUAUUCAUAUAUUUGAAAAUUGA